AUGCAACAUACAAACACAGGAGGAGGUUUCUUCUCCAAAAUUAGAGAAAACUACAGCACAAAAUUUGCCAACCUUUCAUUGUCGUCACCGGCGGAAAAAGAUGGUUCAACUGAAGAUGAUACCUUGAUUCAUCGAGCAUUUGUCAAAUAUUACGAAUCAAAAGGGCUACCAUAUCCAGAUUGGCUCGGGGUGAAAACAUUCGAUCAACAACAUUUGAACCAACAACCAUCAUAUGGUCGUUCGCAAAGUUAUUCGAGUGGAUCUACAAGUACUGGGGGUGGCCACGCUUAUCGUGGUCACUCAUCAUCGUCACAGUUUCAACCCGUACGGCAAGACAAUUUGUUCAACAAGAGCUAUGCACAAAGAUCUUAUAACCAACAGCGAUGGCAAGAUGAAAAUGACGCAGGAUCUCAAGGACAAGAUCAAGCUCCACCUCAAUUUCAGAGAAGUUCAAGUAAGUUGCAAGAUAUGUACAAUAAAUCUAGACAACAAUCAACCCCAGGAUCAGGAUAUAAUUUUAGUAGAUACAGUCGUUAG